AGCGAAUGGGGAGGGACUCUAGAAACCUAUGUAAGUCCAUAAAAAAACCCCACCCAAAAUUCUUCCUGCCUUGUCAACUGAGAACUGCAACCAGAGCACACUAUUAGACAGAUACCAUGGAUCUCUCAGAUGCUCUUGAUGGUGGUGCUGCACAAACCAAUUUGAGCAAUCAGCAGGCUGGAGGACCAGCAUGGCCUGGCCAGCCUCAAAAUCCCUCUUGGCCUGGCCAACCAUUCCAGCCCUGGCCUGGGCAACAGCCAAACAUGCCAUCCUGGCCUGGUCAGCCAUCAUGGCCUGGCCAACCCAGUCAACCCAAUGCACCAGCGUGGCCAGGACAGUUUCCAGCAACUGCUCCUCAAAAUGUGAAUUUGGCUGUCCCAUUUGACAUGCCUCUGCCUCGUGGAGUAUUUGACAAGCUGCUUAUUAUCAUCCAGGGGGAGGUCAACCCAAAUGCUGAAAGGUUUUCAAUAAAUCUGGCCAGAAAUAAAGACAUUGCCUUUCACUUUAACCCCCGCUUUAAUGAAAAUGGCAUUAAGGUGCUAGUUAGAAACACCAUGAUAAACGAUGUGUGGGGUACAGAGGAAAGAACAGCACCUUCAUUCCCUUUCGUUCCAGGAAAGCCUUUUGAGGUAAAGAUCUUGUGUACCCCGACUGAAUAUAAAGUGGCUGUGAACGGUGCACACAUGUUCGAGUACAAACAUCGUUUUCGUGAGCUUGACCAGAUUAACCAUCUCACUAUCUUAAAAGAUGUCAAACUUACUGAUGUAAAAUUAGAGACCCUCCCAUUCUAAAAAUUAUGCUGGCCAUGUAGGAAAUAUAUGGUUCUCUUUUUUAACAUGCACAUCCUUAAUACCUGGCCUUGUUUCCAUUUUCUGCCUAUUUGUAUUGGACAAAAAACAUUCUUGUAAUGAUUACAGUCAGCAGCAACGAUUAUUCUGUAUUUUGACUAUAUAGAGGCAGACAUUUUAUAUUUGAUUUCUGAACUUUUAGAAUAGUAACUAAAUAGAUCUGUGCAGAUUCAUUUCAGCUGACCAGCCACAAUGACACUGUAUGACAUUUGUUAGACAGUGGAGAUUUUUAUUGCUGCAUAUCAAUAUUAGUUGGCAUUCAUGGGGAUCACCAAAAGACAUAUAGGUUUAAUAAUAACCUGACAGAAAAUGUAUUUGUCAUUCCUCUGACUAACACCACUAUAUGAAAUUGUGUAACCUUGCUGUUAAUAGUAAGCAAUGACCUGUGACAAGUCAAAGAACAAAACAAACAUUAAAUAUUAAAGACAAUUUAUGUAUUGUGAAAAUGUGUCAGGUGAGACAAAAAUGGCCCACAAGCUAUCAUCAUACAUAUUUGUCUUGAGUUUAACUAACAUCACACAUGGUAUUAGUCAUGAUAUGUUUGUAAGGAAGCGCCAACAAAUAAAAAGUUAAAUGAAAAUUCA